UGAUUGAUUCGGAUACUGACACUGUAGACUCAGGGGAGAAACAAAGAGUCCGUGCAGACCUCUGGAGUGAGCAGGGCUGCUCCUUCCUCUCAGGACAGCUCCGAGUGUGCCGGGGAGAAGAGAAGAGAAGAGACAGGCACUGGGAAAGAGCCUGCUGCGGGACGGAGAAGGCUCUCACUGAUGGACUUAUUCACACGGCACAGCCCUGUGCCUUAGACAGCAGCUGAGAGCUCAGGACGCAAGUUUGCUGAACUCACAGUUUAGAACCCAAAAAGAGAGAGAGAAUGUGGCAGAUCAUUUUCCUAACUUUUGGCUGGGAUCUUGUCUUGGCCUCAGCCUACAGUAACUUUAGGAAGAGCGUGGACAGCACAGGCAGAAGGCAGUACCAGGUCCAGAACGGACCCUGCAGCUACACGUUCCUGCUGCCGGAGACCGACAGCUGCCGAUCUUCCUCCAGCCCCUACAUGUCCAAUGCCGUGCAGAGGGAUGCACCCCUCGACUACGACGACUCAGUGCAAAGGCUGCAGGUGCUGGAGAACAUUCUAGAGAACAACACACAGUGGCUGAUGAAGCUGGAGAAUUACAUUCAGGACAACAUGAAGAAGGAGAUGGUGGAGAUCCAACAGAAUGUGGUGCAGAACCAGACAGCUGUGAUGAUAGAGAUUGGAACCAGCUUGCUGAACCAGACAGCAGCACAAACUCGGAAACUGACUGAUGUGGAAGCCCAAGUACUAAACCAGACGACAAGACUCGAGCUGCAGCUUCUCCAACAUUCUAUUUCUACCAACAAAUUGGAAAAGCAGAUUUUGGAUCAGACCAGUGAAAUAAACAAGCUACAAAAUAAGAACAGCUUCCUAGAACAGAAAGUUCUGGACAUGGAGGGCAAGCACAGCGAGCAGCUACAGUCCAUGAAGGAGCAGAAGGACGAGCUCCAGGUGCUGGUGUCCAAGCAGAGCUCUGUCAUUGACGAGCUGGAGAAGAAGCUGGUGACAGCCACGGUCAACAACUCGCUCCUUCAGAAGCAGCAGCAUGACCUAAUGGAGACCGUCAACAGCUUGCUGACCAUGAUGUCAUCACCCAACUCCAAGAGCUCGGUUGCUAUCCGUAAAGAAGAGCAAACCACCUUCAGAGACUGUGCGGAAAUCUUCAAGUCAGGACUCACCACCAGUGGCAUCUACACACUGACCUUCCCCAACUCCACAGAGGAGAUCAAGGCCUACUGUGACAUGGACGUGGGUGGAGGAGGGUGGACAGUCAUCCAACACCGAGAAGAUGGCAGUGUGGACUUCCAGAGGACGUGGAAAGAAUACAAAGAGGGCUUCGGGAGCCCUCUGGGAGAGUACUGGCUGGGCAAUGAGUUUGUCUCCCAGCUGACCGGUCAGCACCGCUACGUGCUUAAGAUCCAGCUGAAGGACUGGGAAGGCAACGAGGCGCAUUCGCUGUAUGAUCACUUCUACCUCGCUGGUGAAGAGUCCAACUACAGGAUUCACCUUACAGGACUCACGGGGACCGCGGGCAAAAUAAGUAGCAUCAGCCAACCAGGAAGUGAUUUUAGCACAAAGGAUUCGGACAAUGACAAAUGCAUCUGCAAGUGUUCCCAGAUGCUCUCAGGAGGCUGGUGGUUUGACGCAUGUGGUCCUUCCAACUUGAAUGGACAGUACUACCCACAAAAACAGAAUACAAAUAAGUUUAACGGUAUCAAGUGGUACUACUGGAAGGGGUCCGGCUACUCGCUCAAGGCCACAACCAUGAUGAUCCGGCCAGCAGAUUUCUAAAUGCCUGCCUACACUACCAGAAGAACUUGCUGCAUCCAAAGAUUAACUCCAAGGCACUGAGAGACACCAAUGCAUAGCAGCCCCUUUCCACAUCAGGAAGUGCUCCUGGGGGUGGGGAGGGUCUGUGUGUACCAGACUGAAGCGCAUCACUUAAGCCUGCACCGCUAACCAACCAAAGGCACUGCAGUCUGGAGAAACACUUCUGGGAAGGUUGUGGCUGAGGAUCAGAAGGACAGCGUGCAGACUCUGUCACAGGGAAGAAUGUUCCGUGGGAGUUCAGCAGUAAAUAACUGGAAAACAGAACACUUAGAUGGUGCAGAUAAAUCUUGGGACCACAUUCCUCUAAGCACGGUUUCUAGAGUGAAUACAUUCACAGCUCGGCUGUCACAAUGACAAGGCCGUGUCCUCGCACUGUGGCAGCCAGUAUCCAGGGACUUCUAAGUGGUGGGCACAGGUUAUCAUCUGGAGAAGCACACAUUCAUUGUUUUCCUCUUGGGUGCUUUACAUGUUCAUUUGAAAACAACACAUUUACCUAUCUUGAUGGCUUAGUUUUUAAUGGCUGGCUACUAUUUACUAUAUGGCAAAAAUGCCCACAUCUCUGGAAUAACCACCAAAUAAGCGCCAUGUUGGUGAAUGCGGAGACUGUACUAUUUUGUUUUCUUCCUGGCUGUUAAAUAUGAAGGUAUUUUUAGUAAUUAAAUAUAAGUUAUUAGUUGAGGUGAUUAUGUUUAAUUUUUACGAUAAUAUUUACGAUUUUGUUCUUUGGUCUCACAUACACACACACAGACACACACACACACAGACACACACACACAGACACACACACUCCCGUGUCUUGUAACAAGGAAGACUGCUGUUAAUGACGAAAAUGCUGUUUCAAGAAGAAGAACUUCGCCACUGAGCAAAGUGCUCUAGCCUAGAGAUGUGCUCCCUAAUUUAACAAGAUAAUAUUUUAGAAAAUGAAGCUAAAACUUAAUUUAUAGUGGAGGAAAAUCACCCUACCUGGGACAUCUACAAAGCCAUAAUUCUCUGAAUUAACUUUUAGAAAAAAUUAGUUUGCCUCAGUAACAUUUUUAAUAUCCACUAACAAGCUGAAAGUGUUUCAGACUGUAAAGCCAAAAUGUCCUGCUCACAAUGUAACCAGAUACCCCUAGAAAAAGUUUCAGAACACAACUUUAUGCUUAGAAUUGUCAAACCUUAACUCCUUCUGUUCUAACCCUCCUAAGCCUGCAGAGUGGCCUCUGCAGCAAUGAACACUUGUACAGAGCACUAGUGCAAUUUCUCCUGUAGCCUUCCUUGUCUGUCUGUCCAUCCAUCCAUCCAUCUGUCCAUCCUUCCUUUCUAGGUGCUAUUUUUUAAGUUUAUUUCUAUAAUGCAAAGGUUCUCAACCUUCGUAUGCUGAGACACUGUAACACAGUUCCUCAUGUUGUAGUGACACCCAGCCAUAAAGUUAUUUCACUCCCGUAAGUUUGCUACUGUUAUGAAUAGUGAUGUAAGUAUCUGAUUGCAGGAUAGCUGAUAUGUGACCCCAAAAGGUCUCUGCCCACAGGCUGAGAACCAACGCCUUAACCCAUCUCCUUUCACACAGCCUUGGUGUGUUCUCUGGUCAAUCCACAGACUCGGGGUAGCCAAGGCGCUCUUCUCCUCUGCCACGUUCACUUCCUGCCAGCUAACUCCAGAGUGAAGAACUCUGUCCCUGCCUUUUGACCACUGUUUCUAUUAUUACAUUUAGGAAAUGUCGACAGGGCCAACAUGGCUUUGUACCCAGUUAAAAUAUGUGACACC